UACGCGUACUUCGGUUACUUGCGUGCAUGUGCAAGCGUUGCGUGGGAUAUAGUAAUCCGCCAAUUAUCUUAACCAAAUCUCUAUGGCAGUUUAUUGAAAGAAAAAAAUAUAUUCAGAUCACAGAGGCUGUUUGUUUGCCUCGGGACCGUUAAAUGUAAAACGAAGGAAAACAUUUUCCAGUCAGGCGUUAAUUUCAUUCUGCACUGUGAUCAAAAGGACACGGCAAAGACUUUGGGUCUAUUCCACACAAGUGCUCACUGAUCACUGGAUUUGAGAAAGCAUUAUGCGCUCAAUAUAGACUGUUGGAUGACAAAGAUCUUCAGUCAAAAUUGAUCCGUCGUUAUUUUCAGUAAAUAACCUUAUAGGAGAAAUGAGCUCUUAUUUUGUCAACCCCUUCUAUUCAAAGUACAAACCGAGCGAGGCAAUAGUUCCAGCCUACUACGAUUCUCCUUUUUCACAAGAUGUCAACAGUGGGCAUGCGAUGGUGUAUGGCAACAAUGCAAGUUUCCAACAUUCCGCACAAGUCCAAGAAUUUUACCACCAUGGGACCGCAGCAAUACCGAAUGCAAGUUAUCAGCCGAAUCCUUGUGGAAUUACGUGUCAUAGCGACCGCUCUAAAUUUUACGGAUACGAUAACUUACAGAGACAGCAGCUCUUUACGACACAGCGAGAGGCCGAGCUGCUACAAUACCCUAACUGUAAAUCGUCCGGUAGUAAUACUGGCUGGCAACCAGAAUGCUUAAAUCAGAACUCGUCUCCUUCUCAGAUGUUUCCCUGGAUGAGACCUCAAGCUCCCGGAAGAAGAAGAGGCCGGCAGACAUAUAGCCGAUUCCAAACCCUGGAACUUGAGAAAGAAUUUCUCUUCAACCCUUAUCUGACAAGAAAACGAAGAAUUGAGGUUUCCCAUACACUAGCUUUGACCGAGAGACAGGUGAAAAUCUGGUUCCAAAAUAGGAGAAUGAAGUGGAAAAAAGAAAACAACAAAGACAAGUUUCCAACCUCGCGGCCAGACGCACAGCUCAAAAUUGAAGCAGAGCAUUUUGAUCCUCAGAGAUCCGUUAAAGAGACAAAUUAAUAAAAAAUUUUUAAAAAUAAAACAUUAGGCUAAUUUCAGACCCGUCUUCUAAAUAUGAUUGGAAAAUCUCUCUCUCUCUCUCUCUCUCUCUCUCUCACACACACACACACACACACACACACAAUCAUUAAAUAGCUUAUUAGUUAUUAUUCGAUUUUUUGGUUUUCCAUGAACGUAAAUGAGAAUAGCUUUAACAGUAUUUGUGUGUUUAAUUAUUAAAUUUGUAUUAUGUUCAUUUAAAGCAAAAUCUUUUUCAAAAUCAUUAAGGAAAAAUCAUUUUCAAUGAUUAAAAUUCAGUCAUGUAUUUUGGGGAGCUGUUAGCCUAAGUAUAACGUGCCUUGAUCAACCUUGUCUUUUUGUAUUUUUUAUUAUUCGACAAUAUAAUAUAGCCUGUCGUUUUUCAUUUAAUUGUAAAGUUGUUUCUUUUUUACCCUGCACAUUUUGGGUGUACAUCUGUGCUGGAAAAUGAUGUGCUAGUUGUAUGUUGUAUCAAGCCAGCCCAGUUGCAAAAAAAUUCUACUUUGGCCUUCACGAUUUCUUCACACAAACCCAAGCACACAUAUAUGUACUCAUGCAUAUUUCGCUCUGGUUUGCGCCUUAAAUUAAACAACAAUGGGAACAUAUUAAAAAUCAUAACUAGCAUAUGCGGAAAAAGUCAACAAAAAGCUGUACAUUUCACAUUGAUGUUUUAGUAAAUAAAACAAUUAAAAUAUU